GCCUCUGGGCGUUCCUUUCCGAGGCGUAUCGGAGAGCGGUGUCGCUCAUCCUAUGACGCGGAAACAACGACGACUAUAAGGAUCAGGAGACGGGAAGCACUGAAGGACGCAGUCUCUGGCCCUGUAUUUUGGGAAUUGAACGGACAAUGGAAACUGAAAGUGGAAAUCAAGAAAAGGCAAUGGAAGAGGAAAGCACCGAAAAGAAAAAGGAAGUAGAAAAAAAAAAAAGGUCUCGAGUUAAACAGGUGCUUGCAGAUAUUGCUAAACAAGUGGACUUCUGGUUUGGAGAUGCAAAUCUUCACAAGGAUAGGUUUCUUCGAGAGCAGAUAGAAAAAUCUAGAGAUGGGUAUGUCGAUAUAUCACUUCUCGUGUCAUUCAACAAAAUGAAAAAAUUGACCACUGAUGGAAAGUUAAUAGCCAGAGCACUGAAAAGUUCAGCUGUUGUUGAGCUGGAUUUAGAAGGCACCAGAAUCAGGAGAAAAAAGCCUCUGGGUGAAAGACCGAAGGAUGAAGAUGAGCGCACUGUAUAUGUGGAGUUACUUCCCAAAAAUGUUAAUCACAGCUGGAUUGAAAGAGUAUUUGGGAAAUGUGGCAAUGUUGUUUAUAUAAGUAUACCACAUUAUAAGUCUACUGGAGAUCCAAAAGGAUUUGCCUUUGUGGAAUUUGAAACAAAAGAACAGGCAGCAAAAGCUAUUGAGUUUCUUAAUAACCCACCAGAAGAAGCACCAAGGAAACCUGGUAUAUUUCCUAAGACAGUAAAAAAUAAGCCCAUCCCUGCCCUUAGAGUAGCCGAAGAAAAGAAAAAGAAAAAGAAGAAGAAAGGCCGAGUGAAGAAGGAAGACACCCAGACAAAAGAGUCAAAUAUGGACACAAGCAAGGAAAGUAUCUGCAAAGUAAAAAGAUCCAGGACCACAUCUGAGGGCUCUGAAGUAGAAACUACUGAACCCCAAAAGCCACCCUCAAAGAAAAGGAAAAAACGGGAAAGAGCUGAAGUCUCGAGCUUACCUUCAGUCAAAACAGGGAAGAGGAAGCGAAGCAACUCUGAAGAUGCAGAUUGCCUAGCUCCCAAAUCAAAAGUUAAAAAAAUGGCUCCAAAAGACAACAUUAAAAAAGAAGCUUCAGAAGUUUGCAAAGAAAGCAAAGAAUUAGAAGUCUCUACUGAGGAGGAAAAGGAUACUGGAGACAUAAAAGAUGGAUCCCUCUUAAAAGCAAAAAGGAAGCAUAAGAAAAAACAUAAAGAGAGGCAUAAGAUGGGAGAAGAGGUUAUACCAUUAAGAGUACUAUCAAAGAGCGAAUGGAUGGAUUUGAAAAAAGAGUAUUUAGCGCUGCAAAAAGCCAGCAUGGCUUCUUUAAAAAAAACAAUAUCCCAAAUAAAAUCAGAGUCAGAAAUGGAAACAGACAAUGGAGUACCUAAUAAAUCAGGAGUGAAAAAUGAAAAAACAAACAGUGAAGACAGUUGUCCCCAGGAGAAGGUUAAUGCAGCAGGACCACAGUUUGUGAGUGGUGUGAUUGUGAAGAUCAUUAGUACUGAGCCUCUACCUGGCAGGAAACAAGUCAGGGAUACUUUGGCAGCAAUCUCAGAAGUUGUUUAUGUUGAUUUACUGGAAGGAGACACAGAAUGCCAUGCUAGAUUUAAAACUCCCAAGGAUGCUCAAGCAGUAAUAAAUGCAUAUACGGAAAUAAAAAAGAAACACUGCUGGAAACUGGAGAUUCUUUCUGGUGAUCAUGAACAGAGAUACUGGCAGAAGAUUUUGGUAGAUAGGCAGGCCAAACUUAAUCAGCCGCGUGAAAAGAAAAGAGGCACUGAGAAGUUAAUCACCAAAGCUGAAAAAAUUAGACUCGCAAAGACUCAACAAGCAAGCAAACACAUUAGAUUUUCUGAAUAUGAUUGAAAAAAUUUUGUUCACCACUUAAGGUUUCACUGAAUGCUUGAACUAUUCUUAGAAAAUCAAUUUUUUAAUGUUAGUAAUGCAUAGUGAAUGUUUUUCUAAAACCUACAUUUAAUUAAAAGAAAUACUUUUGUUCCUUAACUUCUAAAUAAGACUUUUUUCUAGAGACAAGUGCAUUGUAUAUCACAGUUUUUCAUUAAACAUUGUAUUUGUUGAAAUUAUCUGAUAUAAAUUAGCCUGAAAGUGAUUUAGAAAAUACAUGUUUUGAAUAUUAUUAUUAAUUUUGUUGCUUUUCUAUUACAAAAAUAGUAAAGUAUUUGCAAAAAUAAUAUUACUACAUAAAUAGUUCAGGAAGAAAAUGUUUAAUGGAGAACUAUCACUGUACUUAUUAUUUGGUAGCUUUAUUUUUCCAUUGUAGAUAUCUUGGUUAUCUUUUCAUGUUGAUUUAUGCAGAAGACUUAUGUGUGAUAUUUCAUUCUGUUUAUUGCACCUUGCCUAUCUGAGCUUCCAUUGAACAGUCCAUAUGAACUGUUUCCAUUUAAAAUGUUGUUUUAAAAGUAUGGAGUUUGUUUUCAAAUGGCUGCUACGAACACAGGAAAAAAAAAUCUAGAAAUCAGCCUUAGGCAUAACUGAAGUCUAUCAUUUUAUUCAGGAAUAUCACAGAGUGGCAGAAGGCCUUCCCAGAACUGAACCUCCAGGGCGUGUACAUGACUGGCAUCUUAAUCUCUCAUCAGGAUAUCAAGAAGGUACUCUGGACAGCCAUGGGGUUCAUCUCCUUGGCUACAAACCCGUCCCUAGUUCUGUCAGCUUUGUCCAGCAGUUGGAAUAUCAUUUGACUGUCCCUUCUAUGCACUGUAGGAAGCAAACAAUCAAGAAUCUAUUUGCUUCUAUGGGCCAGAGCUUUGAGGAGAUUGGCUACGUCACUGGUUGGGGUGGCAGCAACUUACUACUACCAAAAAUAGGUAUCCUGGCAAAUUGCCACUGACACACUAGUUUUUUUCUCUCCAUAAAGGAAAGCUAGCUUACACACUCACGGAGGAAAAGAAUGAUCAAUACAUAGUUGCUAAACCCUAUUAGGAGGAUUCUGAGGAAAUAUGCUCCAGUUGAUCCAGAAUAAUCAAAAGAGGGUGUAUGUUUCAAGAAUUCAGUGAAUUUCAAGGAGAAUUGUCAUAAGGUGACUUUGGAGAGGUUAUCUAGUAAAAUUUCAGAAAUUCUCCCUUUGGCAAUCUAUAGAAUGAGAUAAGCACUCAUUCAACAAGUUAUCUGUGUUAGACACUGUUAUAGUACCUGGAAGACAUGAGUGAAGCACAUCAGGGAUCAUUCUCUACAGGAGAGAGAGACAAACAAAAGUAAGUAAAAAAUUACACAAUUUGUUAGAUAAAUCCUAGGGACAAUCAAAAAAAAGGUGGUGGAGGAGAAAACCCCAUUUAUUAAUCUAUGUAUUCUUACUUAAUCAAGGGAAUGCUUAUUUAUUUACCCCUGCUACAUAUUAGAGCUGUAAACUAUAGACAUUAGAGAUACCAAGAAAAGGUAAGAGCUCCUGCCCUUGAGGAAUUUACCACUUUUGGGAAGACAGGCAAGUCAACAUAAAAUUGCAGUACAAUGCAAGUGACUUGACAAGUUAAACCAGAUGAUAUGAGUUGGGUUCCUGACAUCAUAAUUCUGCAUGACCUUUCAAGAUCACUAACCUUUCACCCUCUGGGUAAGUGUAUUCCUUCCAUUAUCCAAUAGUUAGCACAUAGUAAUUGCUUACUAAAUAUUUGUUUAAUUGAGCUAAAUUGAACAGUGUACUUGAGGAUGGUCCCCAAGGUCAUGUGUUGAUUUAGUUGCAUAAAUGAUAUUUUCAUUUCAAGUUUCUGGUUCUCAAUAUUCACAUUCCUUUUUUUUUUUAAAGUACCUACUUCGGACCUGCCAGUGUGCAUGCAUACCAGUGGAGUUUGCUUCCUUUAACUGCAACACUUAAUUUUAUAUAAGCACCUUGCUCAAUAUCACUUUCACGUAUGCUGUACACCAGAAAUUGAUACAACAUUAUAAACGGACUAUACUGCAAUAAA